UUGUUUUGUUUUCUGCUUUCGGUACUGUACACCGCAUUGUUAUUGUUUCUAUGAAAUUUGUUAACAAAACAGUACGAGAUUUAAUUUUACUUUGCGCCACCAAGAAUGGGCUCAUAACCGAAUUGUGUGAAAAAUGACGGAACCAAACGAUAUUUGUGAAGUGUGCGGCCUCGGUGAUUUUAUUUUAGAGGAUGGAUUUUAUUAUUGUACAGAAUGCGGUACGAAACUACUAAACAAACGUGAAAUUGUCGAUGAUGAGGUAAACGUGGGGUGUCAGACGACCAUACGACGUGAUACCGGGGUAGAAAAUAAAAUUACCAGCUGGGAGCAGAUGAACUACUUUCUGCAUGGCCUUACGGAACGCUUAAUCGAGUUAGGUGCUCCAGAGGAGCUGAAGUCGACGGUGUUGCAGAUAUGGUGUGCCUAUCUAAACCAGGCCGAAAUAGCAUUCUUCCACAAACGGCAACGAAAGCGCCCACGGUUGCCUCUAAAUAAUAAGAAAUGGGAUCUCAAAUUGCUGUUCAACCGGGAGAUUCCAAAGCGAGCCAAACGAAAGGGGGAGAAAUUAGAAGGCGAUAUUGCAAAACGAGUUCGGAACUUAAACAAGGAUCUAUCAAAAGCUGACCAGGAUGCAUUCACACAAAGUCAGCCGUCGGAUUUGGAAUCUACAAUAAGCACACUGUCUACCUCAAUGCAGAGUUCCUCGAAUACGGCCCACUUACCGUUAAGUUAUAAGUUCAACAGUCGAGCACGUAAGCAACUGGUAGACAAAUUCCGUCUCCCUGAGGAACACAUCGAAUGGCACGAAUUAGAAGCACCAACAGAUGCAGAUUGCCAUCCCUUCCCCUACUCGCCUGGUAAACUAAAAAACGUUCAUGAUAUAGACAAUUGGUCAUAUCUCUACCGCAAAACUGUUUUGCUCGCCAUAUUAAGCAUCGCGUUAAAUCAAGUGCGCAGCUCAAUACAGACAGCAGAUCUGUUGCGAUGGAUAGAGGAGGGACAUUUGCCGUUCCAUGAUUUACGGCAAUUCCUACCGGAGGGUUUGCACGCUGCCUGCUAUUCCGAAACGGUGGCUCAUCUUACGACAACGUUUCAGGGAUUCAUCAAAUGUCGAGUGAUCUCAUCGCUGAUGGCAGCAGAUCUAGAAAUUGUGCCGAUUGAACCAGAUCUAUCCGCUCUUUGUCAUCGUUUUCUAAGCGAAUUGGCACUGCCGCUAGACCUUGCACCCUACAUUACCAAAGUGAUAGCAAUUUCGCCUCCGAUUAAGCGGAAUAAUGUAUAUAACUACUUUCCAAAGUACGAAGCUCACGCCAUGAAGUACAUACUGUUCGUUAUGAAACUUCUCUUUGGUUUGGACGGUGUGAACGAAACCAAACUAGAUGCCUCAUCAAACAAACUUAACCAUCGAAUUGGAUCCUUCAACAGUCUGCCGAAAUUGUUCGUCUGGAGUGAAUGGCAACGGUAUGUGGCGAUGCGACGCAUCAUACUGGAACAGUUGCAUUAUCCAACAAACCACUCGCGAACCCAAUCGAUUGUAAACCGUCCAAUAGAAAAGGAUCUCUUUCUACACUUCUUCGAAUCGCGCAUUGUUCCGGACGAUGAUAACACAACAGGCUACAAAGCAGGCAUAGAUCGAGCAUCGCAUCGACCGAUACAGGAGCGUUUAUUUAAAAAUCUCCAUUCUUUCAUAUCAUCAACGAUGGAUAAACAUCCAAAUCUAAACCUUAAACGAUCGAAAAAGCAUAUUACGUUUGAGCAUAGCUUGCAGCCGCAACGUGCCUAUCUAGCAGAAAUACUGGAGAUGGACGAGGCCGAACGGCAUUACGUGCACAUCCCUGAAUAUAUGCGAACGGAUCACAGCAAACGAACGGUAGUGCCGUUCAUCAAUCCAAUGCCCCUCAAAAUGCAUAUUCUCACCCACCACCGACUAAGAUUGGUGACGAAAAAGAUUAAACCAUCGAUGAAGCACAUUCGGAUGGCAAAAUACAACUCACACACUACGAACGUCGAACUGUACCUGGCCACAAACAAAUUUGCUCAUGUUCUUUGUGUAAGUGAUAGUGAUUCGAGCGAUUCCGAGGACAGCGACGGACCCAGUAACAUUUUGGAUUACAUCAAUGCACGUGCCCAACAAAGACAGCUUAGUCCCGAUGAACUGUUCCACAAAACGCUUUGCGAGAAUGCACUGGAAGAAAUGGAAGCUGAUCUACGGGCAGCUGAGUUUAAACAUGGUACUAAUUGGGAUGCGGAUUUGUCUUGGAUGCAAGAGAUUACAAACGAAAUCAAUCCGUUCGAAAACAAUCCUCCAUUGGACGAAAUCUUGCCAGAUGAGCAAUGCUGCACUGAAACUGUGCAGAUUGCCCUGCCGAACUAUCACUACUGGGUAAACAAUGGCAACAUCAAAGACAUUUCAUCCGAAGUUUUCGAGCAGGAGUAUCUUUCGCUCUUUCCCGCCAGCUUUCAAUUCCUGCUUCGAGAGGCAGCAUACGUGGCACACCUAUCGCCACAUGAGCUGUACUUUGAACUGAAUGAGUUAGAAAAAAACUAUUUUAAAACAUAUCGUCGAAUAAAAUGAAGUGUGGCGAGAAGAAAAGUUCUAUACACA